GUGAACUUUCGACGCACCUCUUUGAAGGAGGAUUAGUUCUUAUACGGAUCUGACGAUGGUAUUUGGGCUGAAAUGUGCAUAAUCCAUUAAGAACAAGACUUGGACCACAAGGCAACAUCAGAUGGGAAUGACAGCUAACCCUCUAACAUGCGAAGCCAAGCAACAGCUGAUUACUCGAAAUCUCCAAGAAGUUUUGGGAGAAGACAGAUUAGCUGCUGUUCUGAAGGAAAGAGACCUUAAGAUUUAUUGGGGAACGGCUACAACCGGAAAACCCCACAUUGCUUACUUUGUCCCAAUGUCCAAGAUAGCUGACUUUUUGAAAGCUGGCUGUGAGGUGACUAUUUUAUUUGCCGACUUGCACGCCUACCUUGACAACAUGAAGGCACCAUGGGAACUGCUAACUCUAAGAACGCAAUACUACGAGCAUUCCAUCAAAGCCAUGUUGGAGUCGAUCGGAGUACCGUUGGACAAACUUAAAUUCGUCCGAGGCACUGAAUAUCAGCUGUCCAAGGAAUACACUCUGGACGUGUACAGGUUAAGUUCUGUGAUGACGGAACACGAUGCCAAGAAAGCCGGAGCCGAGGUGGUGAAGCAGGUGGAACAUCCGUUGCUUUCUGGUCUUUUGUAUCCAGGAUUGCAAGCUCUUGAUGAAGAGUACCUCAAAGUAGACGCUCAGUUUGGAGGGGUUGACCAGCGAAAGAUCUUCACCUUAGCAGAGAAAUACCUCCCUCAUCUGGGCUACACCAAGAGAAUUCACUUCAUGAACCCCAUGGUCCCUGGAUUGUCGGGAGGCAAGAUGUCGUCUUCAGAAGAAGACAGCAAGAUCGAUUUGCUUGAUCCCCCAGCAGCUGUUAAGAAGAAGCUCAAGAAAGCCUUUUGUGAGCCCGGCAACAUUGAAGACAAUGGAGUUCUAGCGUUUGCCAAACACGUAGUGUUUAGUCUCUUCAAGCCUGAGGAACAGUUUGUUAUUGUGAGAGACGAAGCUCACGGUGGAAACCUGACCUUUGACACUUACGAGGAGUUAGAAGCGGCUUUCGCAAAGCAAGAACUCCAUCCUGGUGACCUCAAAGCUUCGGUAGAAAGUUACAUUAACAAGCUGUUGGAACCAAUCAGGAAAAAGUUUGAAGAACCUGAACUAAAGAAACUUACAGAGAAGGCUUAUCCACCUCCCAAAAAACAAGCUGUAGUUGACGAGAUAGCCCCUCACAGACUAGACAUAAGGGUCGGCAAAAUUGUCGAUGUGUGGAAACAUCCAGAAGCUGAUGCUUUGUAUGUGGAGAAAAUCGAUGUAGGUGAUAAGGAGCCACGCACUAUUGUAAGCGGAUUGGUCAACUAUGUGCCAAUUGAAGAGAUGAAGGGCCGCAGUGUUCUAGUGCUGUGUAACCUCAAACCUGCCAAGAUGAGGGGCGUGGAGUCUUGCGGUAUGGUGCUCUGCGCCUCUGUUGAGGAAGGAGAUAUCAAGAAGGUGGAACCUCUGGACCCCCCAUCAGCCAGUGUCCCGGGGGAGAGAGUGGUGGUGGAGGGUUAUGAGUCCGGGACUCCGGAUGAGGUGCUCAACCCUAAGAAGAAAAUCUGGGAGAAACUCCAGGUUGAUUUAAAAACCACCUCCACAUGUGAAGCCCAAUGGCAAGGCAGCCCCUUGGUUGCAAGAGUGGGGAGAAUAACAUGUAAAACCCUCAAGAACGCUCCUAUCAAAUAAGAUAUUUAUUAUUAAAAAUGAUGUCAAUGUAUAAAAAAUUGUUUUUUAGAAGUCUGAUUUUUAUAUUUAAUUUUAUACUUUUCAACAAAAAGAGUUAUUUUUUUCAAACAAAGAAACUUUUUUUUAAAAGUUUACUUUAGACUUUAAUUUAAAUAUACACUUUUAUGAAUAUUAAACUUCAAUUUGUUUAUUUGUCAUAGAAUUAUUUGUUAAUAGCAUAGCAAUAUGUAUAUAGUUGUAAAGUUGUGCCUUUUAAAUUAUAUUGUCCCCCUUUUUUAUGUUAAAAAACAAAAAAGUUCAAUUAUAACAUUUUAGUAUUUCCAUAAAAAUAUUUAUUUCUCGUGAAUUUUAUUGUGUUGAGAAAUUUUUAAAUUACUACUUUUGUCUUGUGAGACAUAAAUAGGCUAACAUUCAUGUGAUUGUCACAAAUUUUAAUUUUAAAAAUUGUAAUUAUUUAGUUAAGAGAAGUUUUUUAUUUAAUUUUCUUAUACAUUUGACAGUGA